AUGCGGCAGUGCCCGCUCCGUGCCGGCUGCCGCCGCUCCCUGCGGGGCCGUGAGCCUUCCCGGGCGUUGGGUGAUCGGCGAGAGGCGUUACGCGCCUCCGCCGGAAGGCUGCCCGGGCUUUGGGGCUCCCGAGUGCAGGCAGAGCCCGGCUGCUCGCGGCAGCCGUCGCCCUGUGCCGUCCCAGCGGAUGGACGGCCGGCCGGCCGGCCGGCGGGAGGGGCUUCGGGCCCCUUUUCUGUCUUCCGCCGGCGUGACUCGUGUGUUCUUCCUGGCUUCGCCUCACCUCCUCGGUCGUUUGCCUCUCUUGGCUGCCGUGCUGAGGGUAAGCUCUCCAGCAGGAAAGGAAGGCUGGUGCAGGCAGCGCCCCGGUCUGUGAGCGCGGCGAGCGGUUCGCUGCCGCUGUUCCAGAUGCUUCUGUUUCCCUUCCAAGCGAAGGCUAAGGGAACGGCCCCGCGUCCUGCCGUUGCUAAGUGUGCCCGAGGAUGCUGUGCUUCAUGCUGUGCCUUCGCCUUCCUGCUGAGGAGCUCCUCUGGCUCGGAGCGCGUCCGUGGAAUCGCUCAGGUUGGAAAAGACCUGAAGGAUGACAGGCAGGUGUUGUCUCACUGCAGUUCAAGACAAUUUGAAGGUGAUGAGCUACAGCCAGCUCUGUUGGCUGCUGGGUGUGAAGCGGGAGGACCCGAAGCCCGGUCCCUUGCACGCCGAUGUCAUAGGAACGAGAGCUUUCUUUCGGUCUUCCCUCUGGAAAGAGAUCUAAGAGGCGAGUAUAACUGGUGGCUGGAAAGGUCUGUGAAGGACCGUUGUGUUUGGGCGGUCCUUUGUGGAGCCGGGGAUUGGACCUGAUAAUCCCUGUGGAUAUCCCUUCCAGCUCAGGAUAUUGCCUGAUUCUACGAUUGUUGUAGCUGUGUGGAGGAGUACAUAAGCACUGUGUCCCACAGCCUCUGAUUUUUUUUUUAUUGUGUCCCCAGGCCCUGCCCCCUCCUUGGGGUCCAGUGGGGGUGGCCCUGGGGGUACAAAACCCACACCCCAUUGGUGGGAGCCACUCCCUCGGCUGCUGCCGACCCUGGAACCUUUGGAGGAGGCUCAACCGGGGGCUGGGGCCUGGCCCUUAAACGGGCACCAGGACUCCAAGAGCGCCUGGCUCCAUCCCCA